AUGGCCUCCUCUCAGGCACAACAUCGCUGUGUCUUCGUUGGGAAUAUACCGUAUGAUGCAACGGAAGAACAGCUUAUUGAAAUCUGCCAGGAAGUUGGUCCCGUUGUUUCAUUCAGAUUAGUCAUUGAUAGGGAAACUGGGAAACCUAAAGGUUAUGGAUUUUGUGAGUAUAAGGAUGAAGAGACGGCUUUAAGUGCUCGUAGGAAUCUUCAAGGCUAUGAUAUUAAUGGGCGUCAAUUACGUGUUGAUUUUGCCGAAAACGAUAAAGGGAACGAUAGAAAUAAAGAUCAGGGUCGUGGAGGACCAGGAAUGACGCCAAUUGUUGACCCUCAGAAACAAGUAGGCAUCCCAGCUGUCCACGGGGAAUCUGUGCAAGCAGCUCAACAUCAACCUAUUGGUCUUCAUUUUGCCGUAACAGCUGCAGCUGUCAUGACUGCAGCUCUUGGUGGUGCUCAGACUGGCAUCCAAUCAAAUCAAAGCGGUUUGCAAAACCAGUCAGCAUUGACAAAUGAUCCUUUAACUUUGCAUCUGUCCAAAAUGUCCAGGAGCCAGCUGACUGAGAUAAUCUCCGAGGUUAAGGGAAUGGCUACACACAACAAGGAGUUGUCCCGUCAGCUGUUGCUUUCAAGGCCACAGUUGCCCAAGGCUCUUUUUCAGGCUCAGAUAAUGCUAGGGAUGGUCACCCCCUCAAUGCUACAAAUGGCAAAUCUUAGACAAGGUUCAGAUCAAACCUCACAGUUAAUAAAUGAAGGCCACAUUGGUCAGACUCCGCAAACAUUGGCUCAAACUGUGGCUGGUCUACCUCCAUAUGGACAGAGCAAAUUGCAGUCUGGCUUGACACCUUACUUUCAAGAAGGCCAAGCCAACCCUCUACCUCAUAACCCUUUGGCUCCUAAUCAAUCAACCGCAAAUCCAAGGCCUCCACUGCAGCCUAGACUUCCCCUUCAACAUCACCCAAGCAACCAUUUUGUACAGCCUGUAACAGGGCAGAAUAAUUUAAUACUUCCUUCCGUACGUCCCCCAACUUUGGGAAGUUUGUCGAUUAGGCCUCCAAUUCAGCCAGUGAAUUCAACUGCGAUGAACCAGCAAAUGCAUGCCUCGUUCCUUCAGCAUCCGGUACGUGUUGGAAGCUCAACUGUCUCGCAUAAUAUUCAAAUGGUUCGUCCAGAUGCAAGCUUUCAGGCUGACCCCUCCAUGUCAUCUGGUACUUCCCAGUUAUUUAGUAAGGAAGGUGAUAGAUCUUCCAAAGCUCCUGAGGAUUGGACCAAAAAUAGUAGUAAUUAUUCAAACAUGUCCGCGGGAUUAGAGAAUAUAGGCAUGACUCGUGAUAUUCCAGAAUCCUUCACUCGUCCGUUAAAGCAAACUAGAUUGAAUGAUGGAAGGAAAUCCUCUCUCGCUUCUGGGACUUCAGACGUACCUGUCUCCAACGGAUCAUCCCAUGUUCUUGGAAGUAGCUUAUUACUUGCACCUGCAGUUCCUAAGGCCGAAGUGCGGCACCCUGACCAACAAUCUUCACAGCUUCCCACUGAUGUGGAGUCUGUUUUGCUGCAACAAGUAUUGAAUCUAACACCGGAGCAAUUGAGUUCCCUGCCACCAGAGCAGCAGCAACAGGUCAUCCAACUCCAACAAGCUCUUAAGCGAGAUCAGAUGCAACCUGCAUAA